CGCCUCUUCUCCCUCUCUCCUCCAACUGCCCAGGAGUGAGCAGCUGCUCCCGGCCGGCCCUGCCUGACGGACAGACACAGCAGACACACGGACAGCCCCAAGCCCACCAACUGGCCAGUCCGCACCUGGCUGCUUCCCUGCAGGGCAGCUGAGCUGAAACUGAGGCUAAAGGGCAGGGCUCCUCUCUGCACCCCUCUCUGAGACACCCCCACUGUGACAUCAGACACAGCUGCUCAAGGGUCCUUGACCCCAAGGCUCGUGCACCAUGCAGCCCCUGUGGCUCCUGGCAGCCCUGCUGGCGCUGGGCCAGGCCCUGCCCUUUGAGCAGAAGGGCUUCUGGGACUUCGCCCUGGAUGACGGGCUGUUCAUGAAUGAUGAGGAGGCUUCAGGUGUCGACAGCACUUCUGGAGCCCCAGACAUGGACUCCGUGACACCCACCUACAGCGCCAUAUGUCCUUUUGGCUGCCACUGCCACCUGCGAGUUGUUCAGUGCUCGGACCUGGGUCUGAAGAACGUGCCCAAGGAGAUUUCCCCAGACACCACGCUGCUGGACCUGCAGAACAACGACAUCUCUGAGCUCCGCAAGGAUGACUUCAAAGGCCUCCAGCACCUCUACGCCCUCGUCCUGGUGAACAACAAGAUCUCCAAGAUCCAUGAGAAGGCCUUCAGCCCCCUGCGAAAGCUGCAGAAGCUGUACAUCUCCAAGAACCAUCUGGUGGAGAUCCCGCCCAACCUGCCCAGCUCCCUGGUGGAGCUGCGCAUCCACGACAACCGCAUCCGGAAAGUGCCCAAGGGCGUAUUCAGCGGGCUCCGAAACAUGAACUGCAUCGAGAUGGGCGGGAACCCCUUGGAGAACAGCGGCUUUGAACCUGGAGCCUUCGAUGGCCUGAAGCUCAACUACCUGCGCAUCUCUGAGGCCAAGCUCACCGGUAUCCCCAAAGACCUCCCCGAGACACUGAAUGAGCUCCAUCUGGACCACAACAAAAUCCAGGCUAUCGAGCUAGAGGACCUGCUGCGCUACUCCAAGCUGUACAGGCUCGGCCUGGGCCACAACCAAAUCCGAAUGAUCGAGAACGGGAGCCUGAGUUUCCUGCCUACCCUGCGGGAGCUGCACUUGAACAACAACAAGCUGUCCCGGGUGCCUGCCGGGCUUCCUGACCUCAAGCUCCUCCAGGUGGUCUACUUGCACUCCAACAACAUCACCAAAGUGGGCGUCAAUGACUUCUGUCCCAUGGGCUUCGGCGUCAAGCGGGCCUACUACAAUGGCAUCAGCCUGUUCCACAACCCUGUGCCCUAUUGGGAGGUGCAGCCGGCCACCUUCCGCUGUGUCACCGACCGCCUGGCCAUCCAGUUUGGCAACUACAAGAAGUAGAGGCAGUGGCAACCACCACAGGGAACAGAGCCCGCUGUCCUGGAGGGCGCUGAGUGAAGAGUGCAGCCCCUCACCUGUGCUCCCCUGCCCCAAGUCCCUGCCUUCCCUGGCUCCCAAGCGUGCAGGUGGAUUCAGGGCCUGGCCCUGUCACUUGUACCCUUGGCUUCAGAGCUGCCCUGCUUACCCACUGUGGCCACUCAGAGGCACCCCUGAGAAGCUUUUUUCUUGUUCACCCUGAAACCCCACCCUUAGUGAACCGGCCCGUGGGUGUGUGGCGAGGGGCGUCGGUAGGGACGGAGACAGGGGUUCCCUGCCCGGGCUCAUGUUCCUUCUCCUCCUCACCUGUCCCAGCCUCCAGGGCCCCCGGCCUUCGGGGCGCCCGCUUCACCAAGCUCACGGCUUGUCUGUCACAGCCAGCCCCGUCUCCCUGUCCCUCUCCCCUUCCAUCUAUCGUGCUUCCUGAUGUAUUUCUCCCUUUGGGGCUCCGUGACCUGCUUACUCCUGGACCUGGAUUUGUUUUUGUUGUUGUCUCUCUCUCUCUCUCUCUCUCUCUCUCUCUCUCUCUCCCUCCCUCCCUCCCUCCCU